AUGACAGGCCGUCAAAAUGAGUACUUUGUGCCGGGCGACGGUAUCAACCGCGAGGUGAUCCAAGCAGAUAUUUGCCGCUACCUUGGGAAUGAUGCGCUCGUGAGGCCUGGCAACCACAGUGGUCGCCAAGGAUUCUUCAUUCGUGCCUAUCGAAACCUCACAUCGGAAAUGAUUGCUGAUCUCAAGGCCGACUCCGCCCGCUGGGAGGCGGAGGCCUCGCGUGAAGCUGAGGCAGGCCACCCGAGAGGGAGUUACAUUCACUAUGUGAAACCAUCUCCGGCCCCUAACAAUGUCCCAUCGAACUAUGCCACCUCGGCCAUUCACGAGGUUCGCCAACAACAGGGGCCUUCCCCAACCACAUACAAUGCUGCUCCUGUUCAGCCCUACAUGGAUCCUUACACCCAGGGUCCUUAUAAUGGAGGCCAGAGUGCCCCUUAUCCCACCCCUGCUUAUACGUCUACUCAUUCUCCCUACGGACAAGGCCAAGCUCCAUACCCUCCACCUCAAGUCACAUACUCUGGCUCUCAGCCCCCAAUUGUGACCACAGCCGACAUUCAUCCCUCUUCAUAUACUUACUCCGCCAGUGGUCCCAGCUACAGCGGGUAUGACAGUGGUUCCCGCAAUGCUCCCAGGUAUCCCGGGCCAGGCUAUGAUGACUCGGACUACUCUCCCGUAUCUUCCGGUAUUGGAUAUUCUGCCUCAACAUCGUCCGUGGAUGUACGGAUGACCGGUUCAAUGGAGCCCAGAUAUACGCCGGAGUAUGAGCGCAGUAGACCCCAACCUACCAGGGAACGGGAGCCUCACCGCGGACGGCGAUAA